CCAAGCAGAGGGAAAGGAAUCAAGAGGGAAUAAAUAAGGCUGAAGCAUGAACAAGACAGAGUUCAUCACUGUUACAGGAUUUGCCAUAUCGUUGCUGUUCCACACGACCCAAACUGAAGUCUGUCCUCCCUCCUGCAGUUGUAAGCCACUGGGAGAAAUGAAGGGUUUGCAUAUAGACUGCAGCUCGAGGAAGCUGACGGAAGUGCCUGCCUUGCCCGUUAACACCAAGAGGCUUUAUCUACAGAAUAACAGCCUGACCUCGGUUCCUCCCGGUGCCCUGGACAGCUUGCGCAGCCUGGAGGAAGUGAAAAUAUUUGACAAUCCGUGGAACUGUGACUGUCAUAUUCUGUAUCUAAAACUCUGGUUAGAAGACAUCUCUGCACACUCACUUGAAAACAUCAGAUGCGCAAAGCCAGGUCCCGUGAGGAUGAAGCCCUUGAGGCAGCUGACUGGGAACGAGCUGGGGAUUUGUAAGAGGCUUCUCCCAAUCAAGUGUCUUGAGUUCUUCUGGCGAGACCUCAUUUUAAUUGCUGGAGCAAUAAUUACACUUAUUUUAGUAGCAUGGGCUCUGAAAUUCUCAAAAAAGCUGGUCUGCCAAAUAAACCUACACCUAUAUGACUCUAGGGGCCGACUGCUGGGGAGGCAUACCUCCAAAAACCACAAGAUACUAUGA